AUGCAUAUUGGAAGCGCAGAUAUACUGACGCCCCGCUCCUUCCCACAAACAAACAGACGCUCAAUAUCAUCCAUCAACCAUACAUCCAAACAAAAAUCAUAUCUCCCAGUCCCAUCAAACACUCAACAAUCACGCUCUAUCGCCCGUCUGAUUAUGAAGGAUAAAUCAUUGACGGCCUUUGAUCAAGCCGAUGCACCACUACGUCCUGCAAACCCAUUCAAUUUGCCUGCUCCUGUUAGUAAUGCUGCUGACGUAGCACUAACAACAAUCGACCAGCUCAUCAACUGGGCCCGCACAUCAUCCAUCUGGCCAAUGACGUUCGGACUCGCGUGCUGUGCUGUGGAAAUGAUGCACAUGGCUGCUGCACGAUACGAUCAGGAUCGUAUUGGUAUUGUGUUUCGGGCCAGUCCGAGACAGUCCGAUGUCAUGAUUGUGGCUGGCACACUGACGAAUAAGAUGGCUCCUGCGUUGAGAAAAGUGUAUGAUCAAAUGCCUGAACCUCGAUGGGUUAUUAGUAUGGGAAGUUGUGCUAAUGGUGGAGGAUACUAUCACUACUCAUACUCUGUUGUUCGUGGAUGUGAUCGAAUUGUUCCCGUUGAUAUCUAUGUUCCUGGAUGUCCUCCUACUGCUGAAGCAUUGAUGUAUGGAGUGUUGGCACUUCAAAAGAAGAUUAAGCGUGAAAGAGUAACGAGAAUGUGGUACCGAACGUAG